AUGCAUUUAAUUUUAGCUGUUACUACAACAUCGACAUCAACGGCUGCUACGACUGUUACAAUUACAUCGAAUACAUGUACAUCAGGUUGGACUGGUGUAACUGUAUUUACUGUUUGUACUAGUUGUCCAAAUAUAAAUUCUUAUCAACAAUAUACUUAUACUUAUGUUGCCAUUGGUACUCAAACUCGUAUUUCAUUUGCUUUACGUGAAGAUGUUGGCUUUUUCGCACUUGAUGAUAUAUCCGUAAGAAGUAAUUCAGCACCAACUGUUGAAUUAUUAACGAAUGGCGGCUUUGAAGGAGGCAGUUAUUCACCAUGGAUUUAUUGUAAUCCAUCUGGUUCAUCUUAUGCUGGAGAGAUUGAAAGAACAUCAAACAAUUUUUAUUACAGUGGUACAACUUAUGCAGCUCAUUCAGGUAAUUAUUAUUAUGUGGAUGGAGCUGUAGGAAAAGCAGAUUAUAUUACUCAAAAGUUUGCAUCAACUAUUGGCACAACAUACACGAUCUCAUUUUGGUUGUUUAAUAAAGGAAGCAGUUCAAACAGUGAUGUUAGAAUUAUACUUAGUGUUUAA